AUGUCCUCGCAGUCUCUGACUGCUGCUCUCCUUGAUUGUCACAAAGUUACACCACCUUCCAUACCCAAUUUCUCUGUGAUAGCCAAAGAACACAACAUCGUCCGUACCACUCUAAGUCGCAACUACUAUAGGUCAUUGUGCGACCCCCUUCCUGAUAAACGCUCCAACAAUGCACAUCUCGAUGAACAUCAGGAAGCUGUUCUUGUCAAGCGAAUUCUUGAACUUGGAAAACGACGACUUUACCCCACUCCUGCCAUUCUGCGCAACAUGGCAUAUGAAAUUUGUGAUACCCUGCCUUCUAGCAAGUGGGCCACUCGAUUUAUUGAUCGCCACAAAGAUAAACUCAGGUGUAUGAAAGUAUAUGGGAUGGAGAAAUCACGACAUACAGCAGAGUACCGACCAAUCUUUGAAGAGUACUUUGAUAUACUAGAGAGACAAUGUACCGAACUGAAUAUUGGACCGGAAGCGAUCUUCAACAUGGAUGAGAAGGGCUUUAUCAUUGGGCAAACUAAUAAACAGACACGUAUAAUGCCUCUGGAGGAAGCAAUGAAGUCAGAUCCGGCGAAGGCCCGUAUAGACGGUUCCCGACAAUUCCUCACCCUCAUUGCUGCUAUCUGCGCCGAUGGUACUGCUCUCCCCCCUGCCCUCAUCUAUAAGGGUACCUACGGUCAAGUAUGUGAAAGUUGGACAGCUGAAGUACUACCAAACGACGAUAUUUUCAUGACGGCAUCACCAAAAGGGUGGUCAGACGAUAAACUUGGCCUUCGAUGGCUUGCCGAGAUCUUCGAACCAACUACCGCACUCAAACACCUCCGGCGUCGACUCUUGAUAGUAGAUGGACACUCUAGUCAUGUCAACUACUCAUUUCUUCAACUUUGUGACUCCCUGCGGAUCGCUGUAUGUAUCCUUCCCCCUCAUAGUACACAUCGACUUCAGCCUCUUGAUGUUGGUAUCUUCUCUCCCCUCUCUUCACACUAUACAACAAUCACCACCCAGAUCUCCAUUGCCUGGGAUGGACGAGUUGGAAUGAGUAAAGCUCUCUUCUACAUGAUCUUCAAGCAGGCAUGGGCGAAGGCACUCUCCACAUCAAACAUCCAGCAUGCGUUCACCAAAGCCGGUAUCUAUCCACACAAUCGCCAAAUCGUAUUGGAUGCAGUAUUUGUCCGUCCAGCAACUCCACCG